AUGACUGAUAGUUCCAAACUAGUGGAAAGUCAGCCAACCCAGGCUUCAUCUCCUGCCUCUGGUGCCGCUAAAGAUGCCAAAUCCUCGACUGCCAAGGUAGAAUCUAAGGGCUAUAGUAAUCCUGCUUUGAAAGCAAUGGGUAUUAACAGAAUCAAACUUCCUUCAAGAAAUUGGAUGAUCUUUUUGUCGGUCACUGGUUUGCUUGUGGGCGGUGCAUUAUAUGAUAAAAGAGAACAAAAGAAGAACAGAGAUAAAUGGAUGAAACUUGCUGAAGAGUAUGGUAAAGCCCAAAUAUCAACCAACACAACUCCAAGAAAAGUCACAGUAUUUGUAAGCCCACCCCCAAAUGAUUACCUUGAAGAAAGUUGGAAGCUUUUUAGAAGAUACAUUAAGCCAGUUCUCAAUUCUGGAGGAAUUGAUUUGGAGGUUCUUCAUAGUAAUACUCAAGGAUCAAUCAGAAACCGAGUGGCCGCUGACAUUAGAAACUUGAGAAGAGAAAUUGAAAAAAAUGAAUCUGAAAAAGCAGCGAAAAAUGAGGGACUGAGAAGCCGGCUCAGUGAUAUAAUUCCUGGAUUUAUUACAAGACCUUGGAAUUCCGUUCAUCAAUACUUCUUAUCAGAGGAAAAAAAAAAAAAAAUGGCCGAAGAAGAGGAAACAAGACAGGCGCAAGCGUUCAAGAAACAAAUGGAGAAUCAUAAACACAUUUUGGGCAUAUACCUCAAUGAUUCAAACAAAGAUCAAAUGAUGGAAUCUCACAGUGAAGAUUCUGACAAUAAUAAACCAUUAAAUAAUAUUGGUGGUGUUAUAUGUAUUGGCAGAGGUACCUAUAAAGAGUAUAUGCUUGGUCUCCAUGAAGGUCUAUUAGGUCCUCUUGAGAAACCAGAAAGAGUUGUUGAAGCCCAAGCAGCUGAUGAACACAGAAUUCUUGAUCAAAAGAGAAAGAGAGAUAUUUCCAGAUUGAAGAAAGGUGAAGAACUCAAUGAACCAGACAUCAAGACUGUCGAGGAAUUGAUGGAAGAAGUUAAAGCUAAUCGUCAAUACGAUGACAAAAAGAGCUUCUUUGCACAAUAUGACAAUCCAGAUGAUCAAGAUGAAGAAUACGGAGAAUAUGAUUUCACUCGUGAACCUAUCAAAGCGUAUCUUUUGCCAAAUGAGUAUCGUAAAGAAGGAAAACUUGCCGAAGAAUUCAAAAAUUAUAUUUUUGAAGACAAGCCAUCAGUCAAGAUUCCAACUGACGACAAUGUUCCCCCAUACUACCAACAACCAAUAUGUGUGAUGCCUGUCCCACACUUGUUAGGUUUUCUCACUAUUCCAAUGAAAAUUUACCGUUUUUACAACAAAAGAUACGUGGCGGAUGAACUUGGAGAAUUGUCAUUUUCAGUGGUCCGUAAUGUCGUCAGACCAUUUGAUGCUGAAAAGGAUCUUGAUUUGGCAGUGAAGGAAGAAGAGGAUUGGCCAAAGAAGUGGUACCAAAAGAGCGUUGAUAAUGAUAAGGAUUGGGUUAGAGAUUUGGCUGCUGAUAAACGAGUUGUAUCAAAUUUGUGGGUUUAUGAUAUUAACUUCAAUAAAGAUGACUUAUAA